AUGAUUUGGGCACGAACAUUGCUGUUCCUUGGACUAACCAACCUGGUCGAGGCAAACUCUACUUAUGAAAAGCCGAUAGUUGAUGCAAUGCACAGAUUCAACGUCCUCAUGAACUCAAUGCUCAAAAAUAACGGAACCGGGCUGAUUUACCAUGAUGGGGAUCCUUUGUCGCCGAGCGACUUCACGUGGUUUUUGGCUCGUGUCGAGGACAUGAUGGUUAGCUUACAGUGGCUUAUCGACCGUUAUCCCCGGAAUGAAACAGAAAUAUUGAAGGAGAACAUCGAUAUGCUUCAUCAUUUUGGUAACAAAUGGGAAGGGUGGUACACGGAAGGCAGCUAUAUCAAGAGGAAUCUGUAUGACUUCCCGCCAUCAGUUACAGAUGAGCAAUGGGCCUUUUUACACGGGGUCACAAUUGCUGAAGGUAACAACCCUUUGGCUAAUUUGCUGAUGUGCACUAACUCUCUUACUUUCGUGGAGGCCUCAAAUACGCAGCCGUGCUCCGACGUGGAUUGGACGUUUAAAUAUCAUGGCUCAGCUUCAGGAACGAUUCUAGCCGACGAACGCAUCGAUGGGCUGAAUCCAUACUACGGGUCAGAGCUCUGUACAGAUGUGGAGACUAUAUACUCGCUAGCAUACAACUAUUUUGCAAUUGGCGACCCGGAUUAUGCGGAUCGUGCCGAGUUGACGGCCUUCAACGCCUUGCCAGCAGCCGUUUCGGGAGAUUGGUGGAGCCACCAGUAUAUGACCGAGCCUAAUCAACCGUUCUCCAAAAACCUCUCGGCAACGCCAUUCUACGAUACAAAUACCAUAAGCCAAACUUUUGGUGUGGAGCCAAACUACCCUUGCUGCACUGUCAAUCAUCCCCAGGGCUACCCGAAAUUCACCAUGUACAGCUACCUCAAGAAAGGUGACUCAGGACUUGUCCACGCUCUUUUAAGUCCAGGCCGGGUGACAACUCAGUUGGACGGUCAUUCGGUGAUAAUAGAUUGCCAAACCAGUUAUCCAUUUGAUGGUCAUCUGUCUUACACAAUCGACAGCGACACAAAAUUCGACUUCUAUCUCCGUGUACCACAGUGGUCGACAGGAACAAGGAUCCGAACAUCUCAUAAUCUAACGCCACCUUCGAUGGAUCCCAAUUUCCGUCUGUACCAAUUGGAGAUCCCAUCUGGUAAAACGACCGUUGAAUAUGACAUUGGUAUGGCACUAAGAACAGUGCGUCGAGCCAACGACACAGUUGCGAUUUAUAGAGGUUCUAUCUUAUAUGGACUCCAUAUCCCACCCAUCGUGUCCUCUGGUCCUCCCAAGUUCUACAAUAACGAAACCGACUACCCGCCAGGUACUUACCCACCUCAAGCCCAAGAUCAUACUCUCUUGAACAGUACCAGCUGGAACGUGGCCAUUGACCCGUCGACUCUUGUUUAUCAUCCGGGGUCAGGACCACUACCCUCACCCACGUUCGAGGAUGGACAGUUACCUAUGUUCGUUACGGCACAGGCUUGUUUAAUUGAUUGGCCUCUUUGGAUGGGGGUGGUACCAGACUCUCCCAUUCCGAAGAAGGAACGGAAGUGCCUGGGAGAUACAUUUGAAGCGACUCUCCGGCCAUAUGGCAGUUCGAAGUUACACAUGUCGGACUUGCCCACUAUUGAGUUGGAUACGUGA